CUGGAUGAGAUGUGCAUCACCUUCGAUGGAGGACAAACCAGACUGAACUUCGCUGAAGCUGCUCUGCUGAUUCAGGGCUCGGCCUGCAUCUACAGCAAGAAGGUUGAGCUGCUGCAUAACUUGGUUUUCCAGACGCUGGAGUUCAUCAGUGAGAAAAACAAGAAGCGGAGCAAGGAGGCGGAGCCUGAGAAGAGUGGCGAGAGCAGAGUGACGAACAACAGGGACGAUGAUGGCGAGGAUGCAUUCAGCCCUCUGGACCUGGAUCAGUCGGAGAACGAGCAUCAGUCUGGUUUCAGUGGGACGGUGGUGAUCCCUCCUCUUCCUCCGGAGGCCCUGAUCCCUCCAGAGAGCCAAGAGAAGCAGAAGCUGCCGCUCAUCAGUGUGAAGGGGGAGGUGCUGUGCAGCCAGAAGGACUUCAGGAUCAACCUGUUCUUCCCGGGCCAGGGGGGCGUGGUCUUACUGACGCUGCGCUCUUGGCUGGAGCACGGCCAGAGCCCCGCCCCCUUCCUGCACCAGGACUCCUGUGGUGAUGCCUCCAUGGAUGCAGACAUGCCCCCUGAGGAAGUGCAGGACUGCCCUGUUGAGGACAGACAGGACCAGGACCCAGAGCAGCAUGUGGACCGGCACCAGGCUGGGAGCCACGUCCGAGAGAGACGGCAGCUGUUGGCUGACGGAAGGCCGCACCAGGACGCUCCCCCCACAGUGAACGUCUGGACCCUCCAUGACCCGCACGCCGUCCUCGCCCUCGACAAACCCUUCAAGAUGGGGAGGUGCUACAGGGUCCCAAACGGUCUGGAUGAAGGAGGAAAGAGGAAGAGGAGGUGUCCCCUUCCUCUGCAGGACUUCAGGAGCUGGUUCAGAGGAACCUUUGGCCCUGCGCAAAACAAGCUAAAAGGUGGACCCACCUUCACAGAUCUGAAUGACAUCUACCUAAAGACGCUGAAGGACAAGAUCAGCACGAGGAGGAGGAUCAACCGCAGAGCGGGGGUGGUGAUGUCAGAGGACGAGCUGAGGAGGACCUUUCUGCAGCCCCAGGAGGGGGAGGAGCCUGCAGAUGCCUUCAGAGACGCUGACAUGUUUGGAGAGCAGGACGUCCUCUCAGAGGAGGAGUUUUCUCCUGAAGAUCCUGCUGGAGGGGGAGGAGCUCAGCACAUCAGUCCAGACGCCGAGGCGGAGGAACUGUCCUACGAAGACCUGGUGAAGCUGCGGGUGGAGCAGCUGGUGGCUCACAGUCGAGGUUACACUCAGGAGACGGCUCUGUCCCGCAGAGUCAAGGACUGGGAGGACCAGAUCGGACCAGAACUGCUGCUGCAGGAGCAGCGUCCUCCCUUCAGCAUCCAUGAGUACGGAGACCGCAUCACGGCGGCGCUGAGCAGCGUGGGCCGGCGCCGGAUGUUCUCCUCCAUUGUUCAGGGUCAGGACACCAUGGAGGUCUGCAAGUUCCUGCUGGCUUCACUGCAGCUGGCCAACGACUACACGGUGGAGGUCCAGAGCUCGGCCGGUCUGGAGGAGAGUCUGGACACCAUGAGCCUGACCCUGAUCAGCACCCUCAGAGCCACAGACCGCUUCCAGAACCUGCAGGGGUCCAGCUGACCGGACCAGCAGGAUGCUGCAGGACAGCUGCUGAGGGAGGUUAUGUCCAGACCUGGAGGACCGGCGGAACCUCAGCAGAACCUCCAGCUUCAUCUCAGCUUUUAUUUGUGUUUUAUCUUCAACCGAGUCUGUAACCUGAAGAUCUAAUAAACCUUGGUAGAAACCUGAGGAUCAGA